GCAUAACCUUCCUGCAUUCACAAAUGGUAUUGGUCCCUGGAAAUGCUCUUAUUGUCAUUUCCUUGCUUCUGCUGAUUCCGCCAUGUCUGGCGCAGUGGAAUGCAACUGCAACUUCAUCGCGAUGGCUUAAGAAUGUCACCAACUGGCGGCGCCCGCGACCAGAAGGGUGCAGUUAUAGGCCAUGGAUAUGCGGACAAGGACAGCAACCGCCAACGGUCCGAAUGCGGUGCUGCAGGAACAAAUGUGUGGAUGUUGCAUCUGAUGUUAAUCACUGUGGUCUAUGUCGGAUUAGAUGCCGGUUUUCUUGGCAAUGUUGCCGAGGGUUGUGUACGAAUACAAAUUUGAAUCGGUUUAAUUGUGGGAGAUGUGGAAGGAGAUGCGCCGGAGGGGUUAGGUGCCUUUAUGGAUUAUGUGGAUAUGCACAGCCAUUACCACCUCGCCCACCUUUCCCGAGGCCGCGACCAUUGCCUCUUCGUUCUCCAGGGGUUGUUGAUCCACCGCCUAUGACGAGUGAGUAGAGAGUCUUCUGCUGCGGCUUUGGCGUAUUUGACGAGGAAAAAAAUAAUUUUAUAUAAACUCAGGAAAGGUAUUGAAAGAGAACUGUUACUAUAUUAGAAAAUUAUAUAUAUAUAUAUAUAUAUAUAUAUAAAAGGAAUAAAUUGGCUAUCAAUCAAAAGGGUGAUUUCUAUAUUGUAGCUCUUACAAAAUCUUUAAAAGAUUAAAUAAAUUACUUUAAAUCAUCUUUAAACUACUUUUUUUUUUUGGCCAUGUCUUAUUUUUUGUUUUGGUUAUAAAUAUUGUAUCCAAAAAAAAAUUAUUAUGAAAUAAUAUAGAAAAUAGAUAAAACAAGAACUAGAAGUAGAAUGACCAGUAGUGUGAAUCAUUUCACAUAAAAUGGAUGUAUUUAUACCAGAAAAAUUAUAAUCUCCCAACUCGAUAUUAUUCAUUGUACAAUACUAAGUAAAUUUAUGUUUAAGAUGUGUACUUGUAAAACAAAAUUAAUGCAAAGGGCAUUAUUAACCAUGCGUUGGAGAGGAAGAAUUGGGAAAGCAAUGCAAAGAAAUGAUUGUUUCUAUAGGAGAUAAAAUAGUGUAAUAGCGAUCUUUAUUGUUUCUAUAAGAGAUAAAAUAGUGUGUAACAG